AUGAUAGUUGAGAAGGUAAUGCGUACGUUGACCUCUCGCUUUGAUCAUGUUAUCGUUGCUAUUCUAGAAUCCAACAAUCUUGAAACAAUGAAACUGGAAGAUUUGACAUGGAAGAAACGUGGUGGUGUCAACAAGUUCAAGAUCAAAAGAGGCAAGAUUCAGAGCAAGAAGUCUUGGUCGAACCCUCAAAAGCAUAAGCUCAAUGAUAGGGCUUAUAAAUCCUCCAAAAGAGGAGAAAGAAACUCCUAUCAGAAAGACAAAGAAGAGAAAAAAGGUGUGCAAUGCUAUAGCUGUGAAAAAUGGGGUCACUUGGCAAAGAAUUGUUGUUAUAGGAAAUACAAGGGAGCGAAAAAAGGCAAUAAUGAAGUAGCAAACCUUGCACGCCAAGAUUCAUAUGAUUAUGAAGAUAUGGUGGUUAUGGCUGCAGUUGCAAAUGACCAUGUCGAAUGCAAAAUUUUGUUUCUCGACACAAGCUGCUUGAAUCACAUGACUGGUAGGAAAUUAUGGUUGACAGAUUUCGAUGAGUCGAUGAAGAGAAAGGACAAACUUGUUGAUAAUAGCUUAUUGCAAGUAGAAGGUACAAGCGACAUAAUUAUUCAAAUGAACAAUUGA